UCCUCCUCCCACUACCACCCACCAACCCUCGAGCCCAGGUUUAUAAUUGUCUUGCGAGGGGGACACCCAUAUACCUGUCAACAUGCGGUCCCUCAUCUCCGCCCUCCAGCGGAGCGCCGCAUCAUUGCGACCCGCCACACGAACAGCAACAACAACCGCAUCUUCCUCUUCCACCACCACCACCACCUCCUCCUUUCUCCGCCGCACUCCCCGAACGAACGCCCUCUUCCAACCCAAACCCCUCGACUCAAUCUGCACCAGAUGUCGCAUGCAGCAGCAAACCCGAUCCUACAGCAAUCAACUAGCCGACGAUCCAGCCUGGCUCUCCGUCGUCGACAAUCCGGCGAAGAUCGUCCGGACCGGCAACAAGCAUGGACCGGGGUUGAUUAUUCUCGCCCUAAUCCCCAUCAUCUCCUUCGGCCUCGGCACCUGGCAAAUCUACCGCCUGGACCGCAAGACCAAAAUGAUCGCGACCUUCGAGGACCGGCUGGUCAAGGACCCGCUGCCGCUGCCGCCGCGGAUCGACCCCGCCGCGAUCGCCGAGUUCGACUACCGCCGCGUCUACACGGUGGGCCGCUUCCGCCACGACCAGGAGAUGCUGGUGGGGCCGCGCAUGCACGACGGCACGGACGGGUUCUUCGUGGUGACGCCGCUGGAGCGCGGCGAGGGCCAGUCGACCAUCCUCGUGAACCGCGGCUGGAUCUCGCGGAAGCAGAAGGACCAGAAGGUGCGGGACCAGGAGGGGGCGCUGCCGCGCGGCGAGGUCGUGGUGGAAGGGUUGCUGCGCGAGCCGUGGAAGAAGAACAUGUUUACGCCGGACAAUGUGCCCCACGAGGGCAAGUUCUACUUCCCGGAUAUCCAGCAGAUGGCUGAGUUGACCGGGAGUCAGCCGGUGUGGAUUGAGCAGACUAUGGUGCCGGAUCUGGUCGAGUCCUAUAAUCGGGAGGCCAAGGGUAUUCCCAUCGGUCGUGCCGCCGAGGUUAACUUGCGCAAUAACCACAGCCAGUAUAUCUUUACGUGGUACGGGUUGUCGCUGGCAACGACCAUUAUGUUCUGGAUGAUCGUUCGCAAGAGACCGAACGAGGCCACUCGUCGUGUCCGGUUGAAUCGUAACUGGUAGUAGGUCUGUUCGGGGUGUCGAUCUGCACCUUCCAGGGGUAUGUCGCGUGGGGCGUGUAGGUUAAGAAAAAUUUAUGUAUAUGUACCGACCAUUCAUGGCGGCAUCGCCAAUCUCA